UAAUUCAAAACUGUUUCGACAACAAAAAAAUCAAUUAUUUUUUAUUCAAACCGUUAUUAUUAUCAGUCAUACAUACAAACACAUACUAACCGUAUUUGUAUUUUGGUAUCAAUUUUGUCUCAGUUCUCAGUUUUUUUUCAUUGCCUGUCCUUAUCAUCAUCUAAUCGAUACCUUUCCUCCUCCUCGUCCUCCUCCCCAUCAUAUCGAUUGUGGUGGUGGUGCUCAUCUAAUUGGUUAGUCACAGACACACACAUACACACAGGGGUAGGGAUGCCAGACAAUGCCAGACAGGCCGAGUUUGGUCAGGAACCGAUGCCAGUGACCUGUGCCCAGUGCGGUGAAGUCACAACCACUACGAUACCGAUAGCCGGCAUACUGAGCUAUGUAUUAGGCACACUGAUGGUAAUGUUUGGCUGUUUUUGUGGCUGUUGUCUCAUACCGUGUAUGUGCUGUCCAUCGGUUAUGGACGUCGAACAUCAUUGUCCCAAAUGUAGGGCACUGUUGGGUCGAUACAAACGGUUAUAGGCAGACACCUCCUGUAAACGCAAACACCCAGUCAUAUCAUAUGUAUAUCUAUGGAUAGGAUGGAUGAAUGGAUGGAUAUGUAUUGUCGACUCAUCAAAAAAAAAAAAUCAUCUAAAAUCAAAUCAAAUUAUUUUUUUAAUUACUUUUUUCUGUUAGCUAUCAAUGAAUUUAUUUUUAUCAUUUUUUUUAUUUUUGAAACACUGUAU